AUGGGUUCUAGGUCCUGGGACCACAGGGCGCACGCCCUCUUCCGGGACCCCUACUCUCCGUCUCCGCUCUGCGCGCUCGACGGCGGCCCCCACUCGCUAGUGCACGGCGGGGCACGUCGGGGAGCAGGCGGCCCAGUGCGGGCGGCCGGCAUGGGGAGGCGCUGCUGGCGGCGGCGGCUGGCGGCGGCCGCGCGUCUGUGUGAUGUGGCAGUAACAUAUUUCCCCUUGUUCCCCACAGCAAUGGAAAGUAGGAGCCUGGGCUCUGGCUGGCUUGACGGAAAAAGGAGGAGCCCCCUUCAGGUGCUCUAUGACCUGGAACAGAGCCCUCGGUCCCCACUCGUCGAGCUGCACCGGCAGCGGCGAGACCUGCUGCGCAGCGCCUGCAAGCGGCACACGCGGCGCCAACGGCUGCUGCAGCCCCAGGACCUGCGGCACGUGCUGGUGGACGACGCCCGCGGCCUGCUCUACUGCUCCGUGCCCCAGGCGGCGGGCACCGCCUGGCAGCGCGUCCUGCUGGGGCUGGGGUCGCUGGGAGGCGCCGCCCCGCGCCGCCUGCCCUCGCUGGCCGACUUCAGCCCCGCCGAGGUGAACCGGCGACUGAACGCCUACCUGGCCUUCCUGUUCGUGCGCGAGCCCUUCGAGCGCCUGGCGGCCGCCUACCACAACAAGUGGGCACGGUCCGCGGCCCGGCCGACCGCGCAUCGCCCGCGUCCCGGCGCCGCCUCCGAGGGACGGGCCCGCGGGCCCCGCGUGCGCUUCGCCGCCGGGUUCCUGGCCUCCCUGCUGGAGCCGCGCGCGCGGCGCGGGCAGCCCGGCGACGCGCCCUGGCAGCGCGCCCACGCGCUGUGCCACCCGUGCCGCCUGCGCUACGACGUGGUGGGCAAGUUCGAGACGCUGGCAGAGGAUGCCGCUUUCGUGCUGGGCCUGGUGGGCGCCGGGGGGCUCCCCUUCCCCGCACCUGCCCCGGAGGCCCAGGCCGCCGCCGCGCGCGCCCAGGCGGCCCGCCUCUUCGGCGACAUCAGCCCUUUCUACCAGAGGCGCCUCUUGGACCUCUAUAAGAUGGACUUCCUGCUCUUCAACUACUCCACCCCGUCCUACCUGCGCCUGCCCUAG